CGAAUAUGUACGUUACAUUUUAACUUGGACUUUUAAAAUUAAACACAGGAUAUAGGAGAGAGUCACUUAAUUUCAUCUGUGCUAUGCUUUUGAGAGAAAUAAAAUGUUGUCCAAGGCAAGGAAUAUAGCAUGUGUUUUGAUGCUGUUGAUCGCAGCUGGCCAUGCACAGUGUUACAAUAAAAACUGCGCAUCAUGUACCGACCAAACCCAGUGCAAUUCAUGCAAGGAUGGCUGGUGGGGAUCACAGUGCAACAACAACUGCAGCACAAAUACAACCUGUCCGGGAUCCUGCAGGAUGGCCAACGGCUUUUGUACUUCCUGCCCGGAUGGGACAGCUACCUAUCGAAAAACGUGUCAUAACUGCUCCAACCAUUGUAGGGCAUGCUACACCCAUAAUUUGAACUACUGUUACGGUUGCUUCAAAAAUAGUUUUCCAUUAAGUGGUAAAUGUUACAACCAAUGUUUUGAAGGAUGUUCUAAUGCAUGCAAUAUGGCAAAUGGUGACUGUGACUGUAAAGGCGGGUACUGGGGUACUCAAUGUCACCGUCAGUGCGGAAAUUGUUCAGGAGGUACAUGCAUACAAUCCACAGGAUAUUGUGAUUGUAAUGAUGGGUACUACGGGAGCCAAUGCACGUCUGUUUGUAGAUCAGGAUGUCUUGAUGGUAAAUGUAAUGCAACUACAGGUAAUUGCCAGUGCAAGGAUGGUUACUACGGAAAUAGUUGUCAAUCCACAUGCAAAUCAAAUUGUGUUGCCUGUGUCACAAGUUACAACAAUUGCAGUGCGUGUAAAUCAGGAUAUUGGGGAACGUCAUGCAGUAAAAGCUGUAACGCUGGUUGUCAAAAUAGAACAUGUGACAUGAUAUCUGGACACUGUGAAUGUAAAUCUGGGUAUUGGGGACCUUUGGCAGAUCCAUGUGUAAACAGUUGUAAUGAACAUUGCCUUAAUGAAGUCUGCGAUGGAAUAUCUGGAGAGUGUAAUUGCGAACCCGGUUACUUUGGGAGAAAAUGCCAAUACAGAUGUGGUCUCGGGUGUGAAAAUAUAACUUGUAAGAAGAUAACGGGGGAAUGCGAUUGCAAGCCCGGUUUCUUUGGGGAAUUAUGCGAUAAGAUAUGUAGUUCCGGGUGUGAAAAUAGAUAUUGUGAGAAAUUGACGGGCGAGUGUGAUUGCCAACCCGGUUACUUUGGUGGAUUAUGUGAACACAGAUGUAGCUUAAGGUGUGAAAACAUAACUUGUGAGAAGUUAACGGGAGUGUGUGAUUGCUCUCCAGGAUAUUUUGGUGCAACGUGCUUAGACCGAUGCAAUUCGCAUUGCUCCAUUUGCUUCAAUGAAAGUAGUUGUAUCAAAUGUGAAGCCGGUUUUUAUGGAAAGGUUUGUGAAGAGAAUUGUACAAGUGGUUGCAUCAAUAGUGAAUGUGAUCAGGAGACAGGACGUUGUUUAUGUCAAAACCGUUUCUAUGGUGACUUUUGCGAAAAUGAGUGUUUUGAACAGUGUACAUCUUGCUCAUCACAAGUGGCAUGCUUAAAGUGUGUUCCGGGCUUUUUUGGCAAAACAUGUAACCAAUCAUGUCCGUUUGCAUGCGCUCUGUCAGAAUGUGACAAGGACACAGGGCGCUGUGCCAAAUGCUGGGAGGGUUUCGAUGGAGAUCGUUGUUUGCCAGGUGUUGAUCAUAGUGAAAGCACCAAUCGGAAGAACGUGGUGGUUUCUGUCGUUUCGGGUUCAGUUGUGUCGAUAUUUCUUUUGACGAGCGGUGCGGUAGUCAUUGUCUGGAUUCUUAAAAGGAGAAAGGAUACCGCCUAUAGAAAAGCAGAAACCAACAUUGAGACGCGUGGCAGUGCAUGUGAAACCAGUCCCGAAACCGACAAGGAAGACAGAUACAAACGACUUGAACGGAUGGACGGGGAUGAGGAGUUGGAAAUGUACGAUAUCGUUCGAGGGGCAGAUAACUCAACAUACAUGAACAUCUAGAUGGGCUUCCCUUACAUCAUUAUGUACCUGUAACGACAUUUGAGAUUAGUUUCGUAUUUGUGUGUGUUAUGUCUGGAGAGUGUGAUUGUGAUUGUUUAUCUAAGUAAACACAACGUAAAAUACGUGAUGUAAAUCCCGUGUCGUAAAUAUAUUCGCAUAAACACAUACUGUUGUUCAUUCGCAUUCUUUUAAUUUGAAACUUCUAAAGUAACACUUAUAUGUUAUUAUCAAUUUUCGAUGUGUUUUCAUUCGAAUAGGAAUAUUGUGUUAUUGCUUAUGGUUGUUGCUUAUAUUCUGCGUUAUAUCUGUAUUUCAGAAAGUGAAAUGUUGUCCGUGUGUGUAGUAGAUUCUAACCCAUAUGUUAUUCAUUGCUGGACAGUUGCGGCAUGUAUCUUCAUAUAUCUCAGUUAUUUAAACUCACUCUGUAAGUGGAAGGAAGAUAUAAUAAACAUAUCCAUUUCUCAGAUUAGUUUCACACUCUGUUCUCGCUGUUGUAAUAUGUACACUGUCCACAGUUAAGAUUCGUACUCUGACCUGCAGUUUGAUUAACGGAUUAGUUUCCGGUCAAUAUCCAAAGCAUAUAUUCCAGCAAGUUUAAGUAUGUAAAUAUGAAACCAAUAUACUGCAGUUAUACUACUGUGUAAAUAAGUGUCCGUGAAUAAA